GUGGAUCGCUCGUCGUGCAAAAAUAUUACAACACAAGAUCUCGACCUUUCACUUCCAUCACUUGCAAGGACUGUUUUCCGGCGUCAUACUGACGUGGGCACAGCUCACCUGCUUAUUACCAGGCGGCACUUGGACCCGGAACAAUUUUCCCUGAGGCAUGCAAACGCAGACUUUAUACUGAUUUCGACCGCUCUGGCUUCUGGAGUCCUGAGGCACGACGCGAACGCGGUUAAGGUCGAUCAAAAUACCCUCCUUACCACUCAGAGUUAUACUACCGUUGUCGCUUUUGAGGAAGAGGUCAGUACGAGCCUUCCAGAGGAUGUCUUUUGCCUCCAUAUGGACACCCUCGGUUCCGUGGACGGUCGCCCGCUGGUCGGCCUCGAACUUCAAGCUCGAGUUUAUCGGCGAUGUAACUCUGUGGGUCUCAGCUAUUUUGACGCUGAUUUUCGUCACCCCCGAAGGGAGUUCAAAGCUCGGGGAACUCGUCGAGAAGUAUGUGACUCCCGUUCGCGGGUCCUUCGCCUCGAGUACUUUCACCCUCGACACCGUCGUCCCGUUCCAGUACACUUGGACGCUGGAAUGGUUCUGGUCUCGGUGGUUCCUCACGUUUAUUUGGACGCCGCUGUCGUCGCCGGAUAUCGCCAUUGGUUCGUCACCGUAUCCUUGGCAAACUCCUCGCCAGAUACAGAGCUGCGUUUUGGAAGAAAUUCGAUUUUAUGGAUGAUCUCCGUGAUCUCGUCGGCACAGGCCGUCGGUCCCUUGACGACGACGACGCAGCAGCCCUUCGUUGUACCGGAAGUCCAGACGAUGGAUCAACCGGAAAUCCAGCAGAGGCAAUCGGAGAUACAGAGAUCGCCGGUUGACCGUCUUUGGGAGGAAAUCGGUGGCGUUAAAGCAAUGAUGAGCAGUAUAGCUGGUCAGUUGGACAAGUUCAACAGUCUGUACCUGGGUAAACUGGAGCACAGAAUGUUGACGACGUCGACGCUGUUGGCGAGUAUUGACAGCAAUAUUCAUGGUCUACAAGAGAGAAGCCACGUUUGGGACACGUUUCAACUGCACGUGGCUGCCUGGAACGAGCAGAUAAAGAGCCUCGACAGCAAGAUGGACCAUCUCUCAAGGGGCCAGGAGAAGAUGAUCGUCCUCGACACGAAAGUCUCGCAGCUCAUGAACCUCGAGUACAAAUUGGAAAGAGUCGCUGCGAGCCUCCAGGAAACCUCGCAGAGGAUUCAUCAAUUGGAGGCGCCCAAGGAUCCUCUGAUGGGAGAAUUCGCCAGCAGGGGCGUUCUUUCGACGUUGAAGAACGUCGAACGCAAAGUGGACCGAGUGCAGGCCGGUAUUCAGGGCAUUGGAACGACCCUGAAACAGAAGAAGAAACGCAACGAAACGGAGGAGGCUUCCGGAAAAUUGGUAAUUCGAUGCAACACGCCACCGGCGGUGGAAGAAGCUCUUCAGGAUGUGCAGGCCAAGGUUGAUCUCGUCUACGACAAGCUGCUGUCCGAAACGGACAGUAACGAGUUGAACGAUCAGCCAGAGUCCUCGGAUCUUUCUCAAACUGAGGCCAAGCUGCUCAAUCGACUCUGGAAGAGGCUGAUGGUACCGCAACGAAAGAUGAUCAAAUCGUUAGACGCCAUUGAGGAUCUACUGCGUGGCUCAAACGUCACGGGCGUUUCUUGUCGCGGUGAUUCGGACGAUAACCUUCACCACGAUAUUGAAGAAUUGUCGAGCUGCUGCCGAGCAAGCAGUCAUCGGGUCAGCUCCUUCGUAGAAAAUGCGGAGACCCUUAUGAAGCGGGUCGAAGGAGUUGUCAACCACGUUAAUUCCCAGUCAUCCAUCGGACUGGAGGCUCUUGAGCGGGGCUUUUCCGAGCAGAGGAAUCGCUUGAAAGAUAUCGUCGGAAAAAUCGGCGAGACUUGUUCUCGGACUAAGGGCGAAUCACCGUCCUCCAAUCAGUUUCCUCUCCUUGUCUACGACGGUUCAGGGGACGCUACCGACGACACCGGGAGUGGCGACGACGAGGACGCUCCUCAGGGCAGCCUUGACAGAGACGUCACGGUGAUACCGCUUGACACUGGAACGGAAGGAUGGACGCCCAACAACGGCGAGGACGCGACGUCGACGGCAGCCUCGACUCCCGCAUAUCCGGUACCACGAACCUGGAGUCCGGUGACGACGGUACCAAACACCACCACAUUACCGCCACCCGUCACCACGGCAAGUGUCGAAACGUUAUCGACGUCGGAAGCACCAGGAGAUCAACUGCUUUACGCGGACGUACAGAAGUGCGAAAGUCUGGUGAACACCGGGAGGAACUCGGGCGUUUACAUGCUCGGGCAAAACAGAGACUUUAACGGUGCUGGUCGCGAUUUCUACACGAGGAACUGCGAUCUUGAUACCGCCGGGGGCGGAUGGACCGUGAUUCAACAGAGGGGUGGCGGCUGGGGUGGCGUCGAGAACUUUACGAGAAACUGGGACGAUUACAGGCUCGGUUUCGGCAGUUUUUGGGGAGAGUUUUGGCUCGGCAACGAGUACAUUCACAGGCUCACCUACGAGGCCGACGUCGUUCUGAGGGUCGAGCUCGAGGACUGGAAGGGCGUCACGGCCUGGGCCGAGUAUUCCACCUUCAGAGUCGACGCCGAGGUGGACAAUUACAGAAUAUGGAUCGGCGACUACGAGGGCAACGCCACUGACGCUUUCAGCGCUCAUGAUGGAACUCCCUUUUCCACCGUCGACCGGGACAACGACAGCGCACCGCCAUGUUGUCCUUGCGCACCGGCUUACGGUGGUGGCUGGUGGUUCUAUAGCUGUUUCGAGGCGAAUCUGAACGGCGAUUAUUACCCGGAAAACGCUACGCACGAUCCGUUCCGCGGUGUUAUUUGGGAACACUGGCAGGGUGAUUACAGUCUCAAGACUACCAGGAUGAUGGUGCGCCCUCGUACGCUCGGUGACAUUCCUCUCGAUCCUCCGGACCAGGUUUAUCCGGAUCCCUGACUCCCGGUGGCGUCUGGCCUCGCCAAAGGCACACGAAACGUGACACUUCAUCCUGACGCUGCUCUGAUCGUCGCGAGCUGCUCCGGGAGCAGCUUCAUCCUCGUCCAUCUCAGAUGGAUCCUUUUGGCGUUAACUACACUCGCAGUUAUUGCGCUGGAGUAGAAAACGCUCUUCACGUCCAUCCUCAUCCCUCAUUCCUUUCAGGUUUGAUAUAUACUGACAUUCGUUCCUUUCCUCUGUCACUCGUUCAUUAUUCAACCGAUAACAAUUCCAGCUAUCAGUAUAUAACCGCGAUGUUUAUUUUCUUAUUAUUUCCUAAUGCCAGUUAUAAUCAAGCCCUGG